CUAACAUUAGUCGUAUUUUGGAGCUACGCCUCAGUAUCUCAUUCAACCAACAAAACAAAUGCAAAAUGGCAUCAGUUCAGCUCCCCACUAUGAUAUCGGAGAAUUUAUUAAAACACAAGUGUGCCAACGACACGAGCCAAUCCUGUCCGCCCCUAAUUCUCCCACCAGGCUUCCCCAUCCUUUUGGAUUCCGAACUUGCCUGGUCAUCCAUCUUCUGACUUUCACAUUGAGGACCACACUUAUUAUCUCACGGAUAAGGAUAAGGCGGAGAUUGAUAGAGCUUUGAUUUUGUUCAAGGGUCUGAACCAUCCUAGAAAUGUUGGAAGCCUUAUCUAACAUUGUUCUUAGCGCAUGGUAUUGAUGGCGACUUGGUGAAUGCCACGAAUUUUCCACUCCCCAAUCUCCAACACGAGCUUCGAAGUAUUUCUUUGGACCUAUAUGUCGGCAGAGGAUUGCGCGUGAUUAAGGGUCUAGAGUACGACAAAUACUCGGUCGAAGACAAUAUGGUGAUCUUUCUGGGGAUCCAAAGUUUCAUCGCAGAAACAAGGGCCCGUCAGGACGAGAAGGGAAACAUGAUAGGUGGGUAUAAACAUACUAAAGUCAGCAGUAACCUGAUAGCUUUCAUAGUACAUAUCCUUACCGACGAUACCGUACCCUUGAAUCCAAUGAAGGAAUAUCAUACCAGACAUUCUAAAUCUCCCAUUGUGAGAACCUGACAGUAAUCCCAUACCGUGAUAUUGAAACUAACGUCCACUUGAAGCCCUUUCAUACAGAUGAAUUUGGAGACAUAUUGGCUUUCCAAACUCGCAGUGCUGCUAUACGUGGCGGUAACUGUAUCUUGUCACCUGUAUACACAAUAUAUAAUGAGCUUGUAGUCUCAAGACCAGAUGUGAUCUGGACGCUUAGCGAGCCAGACUGGCCUUUGCACCUGUGAGUAAUUUAUACCAUCUACCACAUCCAUAAUCUUAAUUAUCGACAUUACCCCGUUACAUUACUUACCAACUAUACACAGGCCCCAUUAUCACCAACGCGCCUUACUCUUUUAUGAGGACUCUCAUAUUAUUUUCAACGCUGCUCCUAAUGCGCUCCUAGGCAGCAAAGCUCACCCUCGACCAACCACGAUCCCCUCUAUAUCUCCUCGCCAGCUCGAAGCCUUAACGCUAGUCCAAGGACUGGCAGAGAAGCAUAAAAUUUCCUUUUCAGCCCAAAAAGGCGACAUGCAUUUUUUCAACAACCUCGCCCUUGUACAUCGGCGUGAUGCUACCGAAGUGGGUCCAGGGGGUAAAAGGCAUCUUGUCCGAAUGUACUUGAGGAAUGAGGGGAUGGCAUGGAAGAUUCCAAUGAUGCUCAAUACUACCACUGGCUGGGAAGAAGCAUACCGACAAGGGGAGGAUGUGGAACAAGUAUGGCAUAUUGAGCCAAUGCCCGACGUCUUCCUUCCACUGAUAAGGAAGCCGAAUUAGGCAUUAUUCCAAUUCGUCAAUGCACUUUUUCAAUUACAAUUUCUUUUUGGAAGGAUUACAUUAGCUAUAUAGGAGCUAACGGUUAGUCAGUGUUUGGGCAGCAUCGAAUGAGUCGGGAAACUCUUCUAAAGGAUUGGCGUCUUAGGGCAGUAACGCAUGGAGUUGGCUAGUAUAAGGUUCUGUUUUGGUCCAAAGGCCUCCUUCGGGUUUCUAGUUUAUAAACAUUGUAUCUCACCAUUCCACAAAUCACU